AUGGACAAUUCCAAUAAAGAUAAUAUAAUUAAAAUAAAUGUUGGAGGGAAGAUUUAUAUGACUACUUUUAAUUUAAUAUGUAGAUAUAAAAGUUCCUAUUUGUACGAAAUUAUAUUAGAUAACUAUAAUAAGGAGGAAAUAUUUAUAGAUAGAAAUGGUAAGCGCUUUGAAUAUAUUUUAGAUUUUUUAAGGGAUGGUGUUUUGAUAUGCGAAAAUGAUAUAAAUGUGCUUACAAGGAUAUUAAUCGAAGCAAUAUAUUUUAAGUUAUUCAAUUUAGUAAAGAUUAUAAAGAAAAAGAUUUGUGUAUUAUAUUCUAACAUAGAUAACAAUAUAAGCAAAAAGAUUUUUAAAGGUAUUUUUAACACUAUUGAAAAAAAAAAGAAAAAAAAAGAUUAUAUUGAAGAAGCAUGUAAAUUAAGAAAAUUAUCAGAUAGCAUUUCUGAGUUUAAUGAUAUGAAAUGUUUUAAUGUAAAAAGGAGGAAAAAAUCGUCUAUAAACCUUUCUGAUAAUAUAAUUAAUAUGGAUAAUGCUUUAAAAAAAGAGAAGAAAAAAAAAAAAAAAAAAAAAUCUCAUAGUGAUGAAGAAGAAUAUGAUGAGAACAAAAUGGAAGAUGGAAAAAGUAAGGAGAAUAUAAUAUAUGAUAUAAAAUAUAAAGAGAAAGAUAUGGAGAAAAAAAACGGAGAAGAUAAAAAUAAUGAAAAUAAUAUGAAUAAAGAAAUACCUAAUUAUAUUAAUAAUGAUGCUCUGAAUAUAUCAGAAUCUAUGAAUUGUAUAGGAAGUUAUAAUAAUAUGUCUGUUCCAAAUGAUAUACAAUAUAGAAGCGUAGAUAAUAUAUAUAAAGAAAGAAAUAAUAGAAAUAUACCAUAUGUAGAACCUAAUAAAAUAAUAAAUAAUGAUAAUAUAUUUGUAUCAAAUAGAAAUAAUACCAUUGAUUAUAAUAUAACAAAUAGUUUUAUAAAUAACAAGGAACAAAUUAAUGAUAAUAAAAUAUCUACUCCUUCAAAUAAUAUUAUGAUAAAUAAAAACAAGGACAACUUUUUGCCCCUACCAAAUGUGAAAUUAAAAAAUGUGGACAAUAAGUAUGUUUCCUUUUCUGAAAGAAAUAAUAUUUUCUUUUAUAACAACAGUGAGAAUCUAUCUUGUAAUAAACAGGAUAUAUUGUAUGACAGUUUGUCUAGAACACCAAAUAAAAGUAACCAUAUGAACUAUCAAAAAUAUGUAAACUAUAGUAGAGAGGAGAAUUGUAAUUAUAAUAAUAAUAAUGCAACGAAUUCAUCAAAUGAUAUACUAGUUUAUUCAGAAAUAGAUGACGUAGAAGAAACAUCACCCUUUCCAAUCGUUUCAAAUGUUAAUUUAGGAGAACAAAUAUUUAGUACUACUGUAGAUUUUUAG